AUGGCCAGUGCAGGCAUCAAAACGGUCAUCCUGCUCUCGUUCGUGUUGGCAGUAGGCUUUUUGCUCGUCAUCCUCUCGUGCGCGUUAUGGGCGAACUGGCUUCCUCUCCUUGUCGCCUUGACCUUCGUCCUUGCGCCACUUCCCAACGCGGUAUUCGCGCGAUGCGGAGGAGACGACUUCUCCGCGGAAUACGAUGGCUCAGGGCCUGUUGACCUUGGCCGUUUCAUCACCGCGUCGGUUGUUGUCACCGGGUUCGCACUCCCACUAGUGCUGGCCCAUUCGGAGGUGAUCACGAAGGGAGCUUGCGCGAUGUCAAUCGCUGGUGGAGCUCUUGUGUAUGGCACUAUCAUGGCAUACAGCCAAACCUUCAAGGAAGGAGAUUCGGAGUUCGAUUAG